AUGUCAGCAGAUGAUUUACUUGACAAUACAAUGCUUCCACCAACUAGCUCCUCACCAAGUGGACCUAUCACCAGCCCCACGGUGUCAGCACUUCAGUAUCGUCAAAGGGCCAAAGCCGCUCGACCUCUUAAAACCGUCGCCGACAUGACGCCCGAGGACGCUCCACAUGAUGACUUCGAUCCUCAAGCAAGAGUGACUUCUGUGGUGCCCAGAGAUGCCGUUCAGAGGAUAUCUGAGGCCAGGCUGCCUGCUGGAUCGCCGCCUGUUGUCCAAGGUAUCACGCUGGUGCCAGCUACAGCACUUCCAGAUCAGCUUCGAGCGGUCUUCAAAUUUGACAUCUUCAAUGCGGUCCAGUCCAAAUGCUUUGCUAGUGCCUUCGAGACUGACGACAAUCUCGUGGUGUCGGCUCCAACGGGCAGCGGAAAGACAGUCAUCAUGGAGUUCGCCAUCUGCAGACUGGUAGCUGAGUGCAAAGGUCAAGACUUCAAGGUUAUCUAUCAAGCUCCAACAAAGUCAUUGUGCGCAGAAAGAUACAACGACUGGCAGAAGAAGUUCGGCGUUUUGAAUCUAGACUGUGCUGAGCUCACUGGUGACACAGACUUGGCCCAUCUACGAGAUGUUCAGAAAGCAAGCAUUAUCAUCACUACUCCCGAAAAAUGGGACAGCAUCACUCGGAAAUGGCAAGAUCACGCCAGACUUAUGCAACUUGUCAGGCUGUUUCUUGUCGAUGAGGUUCAUAUUCUCAAGGACGAACGUGGUGCUACAUUGGAAGCCGUUGUGUCCCGAAUGAAAUCGGUCGCCAGCUCCAUCAGAUUUGUCGCCUUGUCCGCCACGGUACCGAACUCUGAAGACAUCGCAAUAUGGCUGGGCAAAAACUCGACGAUGCAGCAUCUUCCCGCACGUAGGGAAGUAUUUGGCGAAAACUUUCGUCCUGUUCAGCUCCGGAAGCAUGUCUAUGGUUUUGAAACUAGAAGCAACGACUUUGCAUUCGAGUCCAUGCUGACUGAACAGAUUCCCAAGAUUAUCGCAAACCACGGACGUGGAAAACCUGUCAUGGUCUUCUGUUCCACUCGGAGAGCCUCAGUGAACACUGCCGAAAGUCUAGCAGACAAGUGGUCAUCUUCGCAUCCCAUGCGUCGACUAUGGAAGGGCCCAGACAGACAGCUCUCUUUAGCGAACGCAGAACUCAGAGCUACCGCUGAGGCCGGAGUUGCCUUCCAUCACGGUGGCCUCAGCGUAGCAGAUCGCCGCACAAUUGAAGAAGCUUUUCUCAAUGGACAAAUCAAUAUCAUCUGCAGCACCUCCACCUUGGCAGUGGGCGUGAAUUUACCAUGCUAUCUUGUUAUCCUGAAAGGAACUUGCGCCUGGACCGACAGUGGUCUGAAAGAGUAUGCAGACCUUGAGGUCAUGCAAAUGCUGGGCAGAGCUGGAAGACCUCAAUUUGAAUCCUCGUCCUGUGCGGUUAUUUUGUGCCGCCAAGAGAAAGUCUCUCGAUAUGAGAAGAUGGUCUCUGGAGAGGAGCUCUUGGAGAGCUGCCUCCACCAGAAUCUGAUCGAGCAUCUGAAUGCAGAGAUCGUCCUUGGGACUGUGCGCGACGUCGCUACAGCAAAGCAGUGGCUCGCAAGCACGUUCUUGUACGUCCGUCUGAGGAAGAAUCCUUCUCAUUACCAGUUCCGAGAAGGCGUGGACGACAGUACCGAUGAUGAGAUCCUAGAGCAAUUGUGUAAGAAGGACAUAGAUCUUCUGGUGGGCGCCGGAAUUGUGGAAGAAAAGGAGCGACUGACUCCGACUAUGUUCGGGGAAGCAAUGGCACGGUAUUGCGUCAACUUCGAUACUAUGAAGUCUUUCAUCAAGCUGCCUCCAAAAGCGAAAACGUCCGAACUUCUCUUGCUCUUAGCUCAAGCACGAGAAUUCCGAGGUCUACGAAUGCAGGCUGGCGAGAAGUCCUUCUACAAGGAGAUCAACAAGGCUCCGGAGAUCAAAUUUCCCAUCAAGGUCGACGUCGCUCUACCUUCACAUAAAAUCUCGUUAGUCAUGCAAGCUGAGAUGGGCAGUGUCGCUCUGCCAGACGGAGAGAGCCACAAGAAACACCUUAGCCAAUACCGGAUUGACAGGUCAAAUAUCUUCGCGCAUGCCAAUAGGCUUAUUCGAUGCCUCAUUGAUUGCCAGAUUCAGUUACAAGACGCCAUAUCAGCGCGAAAUGCCCUUGAGCUCGGUCGCAGCCUUGCGGCGCACGUCUGGGACAACACGGCUAGUCAACUAAGACAAGUUGAAGGCCUUGGUGAGGUCGCGGUUCGAAAGUUGGCGGCAUCGUCCAUCUAUAGUAUGGACUCACUGCUGAACACAGAGCCAGCCCGUAUCGAACUGGUGCUUGGCAAAAAUCCGCCGUUUGGCCAUCAGUUGUUGAAGAAGUUGGAGUCGUUUCCCAAUCUAAGGGUGUCUGUGAAAGAGACUGGCAGAAAUAUUCGACACGGUCAGGGUGCAACGGUUAAAAUUGUUGCCGAGAUUGGCUUUCUGAACCCAGUGCCACCACAGAUCUUCAACAAGAAGCCCUUUUCUGUGUGCUUCCUGGCUGAAGACUCAAAUGGGACUCUCCUUGAAUUCCGGAGAUUUAGGCCAAAGAAAUUGGAGCACGGGGAAUUGGUCCAAUUGAAUUUACGGCUUACCAAACCGACCAACCAUGUCAGUUGUUAUGUGAUGUGUGAUAAUGUCGCGGGGACUAGCAAAUAUGCCGAGUUGAAUCUGUUGGACAUUCCGGUCUCUGCAUAUCCGAAGCAACCACACCAAAACGAUUCAACUGACGGCACGAACGAUUCAACUGACGGCACGAACGAUUCAACUGACGGCACGAAGACAGUCGUUCGCCAAGCUCCGGUGUCCAGUUGCUGCGUCGACGAGUUCGAUGACGGGGGAAUCGAAGACCAAGAUCUCCUGGCCAUUGACGCCACCGGCAGCAGGAUUGAAGUCAUUGAAGAUAUCGAUGCCAUCCUCGAAACAGACAAUAGGAAAAGCAAGUCGACGGAGCACUAUCAUAACGAAGACGCCGAUGCUUCAGUGUAUCGAGAGCCUAGUCAACUGCCAAAUGGACGGUGGACUUGCCAGCACGACUGCAAUGAGCGGGACAAGAAUUGUAAGCACAAAUGUUGCAAAGAGGGUGUGGCCAAGCCGAAACGUCGAUCAAAAGCAGAAACCAAGGUCAGAGAGGAGGAGAAAGGGCAGAAGAAGAUAACAUUUUUGGCGCCGAUGCAACCAAAACUGCGGCCCGGCCAGAAACCCCAAAGCAAACCGAACAGCAAGGCCCCAGCUAAGCCUCGCGGUGAUACUACCAGAGAAAUGAAAGACAAAAAUCAAAGAAAGAAGAUCAAGAGCGCCGUAGAGGCGUAUCACGAAAGACACAAAACUUCCAGCUCUGGAGACGCCACGUUCCAAAAGCAGUCCGAUGAGCCUGCCGCUAAACGUGCGAAGCGGUCGCAAGACCACAUAGAGGAAUUCGGGGGAGCUGAGCCUGAUUUGGACUUCGAAUCUGAGCUCAAACUUGACUGCUCUAAAGACCACGCCAAACAGGUAUCUCCAGAGAACCCAGAGAAACAAGCUGCAACAGUCGAGGAAGGUAAAGACGAUCUGUUCCUUUCCUUCGACGAGGACGACCUUCUGGACUUUUCCUUUGUGGAAUCGGGUCAGUCCCUCGAUGUUCUUUCUGCCUCCGAAGCAGCGCCCAUAGUUGUGGACAAGCUCAACACUGCCAAUCCCGGCGUCUGCAAGGAGGUGACCAUGCCAGACAACGAUGAUAUUGAUUUCCUGGCCUCAGAUCUGGACUUUGGAGGACUCGAUCCGCCACUUGAGCACGUCACCAUGUCGGACGUUCUCAAGAAUGACAGGACCGCUUCCCGAGGCCAGAGCAGCACUAUGGUCCAGAGCAUAGAAUGCUUCAAAGACGGCAUGGAUUCUAUUGAGGACUUCUCUGGCACGCAAGGGGAAGUUGCUGGGCUUUCAACGACUCCAGAGAAACAGCUCGAUGAUACCUUUGGUACAUGUCCGCCAGAUCCAAGCUUCACUCCUGGCGGCGAUACUCCUGCUGAAUCGUCGAUCAAGACGCCUGGAGACAUGGUAAUGGCUUCAAAAGCCGAGGCGGAAAUACUUGAGAAGGAGACGGACGCCGAGCGAGACAAGAGAUUGUUUGAUGAAGAGCAGAAGAAAAAGUGGGAAGGUAUCGACCAGUGGCUGUACGAUGAAUUUCAUGAGUACGUUGAACUCGUUUAG